AUGGAGAUAUUAGAUGUAUUUUUCCAGUCUUCCAGCUCUGUCUCCUUGUCUGGGGCUCUGGUGCUCCUGCUCCUUGUCUAUUUCUUUUCCUCCUCUAGCUUCAGCUCCAAAGAGGACAGGAAGGAACCUCCAGGACCAAAACCUCUUCCGCUGCUUGGUAAUCUGUUGCAACUGGACCUCAAGAGACUCUACAAUGCACUUCUGAAGCUUUCCAAGAACUAUGGAUCAGUGUUCACCAUCUAUUUUGGACCAAAGAAAGUGGUGGUCCUGGCAGGAUACAAUACAGUGAAGGAGGCACUUGUGGACUACGCUGAUGAGUUUGGUGAAAGAGAUCAAUCGUUAAUACAGCUUGAAACUUACCGUGGUCACGGGGUCAUACAGUCAAACGGUGAAUUGUGGAAAGAGAUGAGGCGCUUUGCCUUAACUAACCUCAGAGACUUUGGGAUGGGCAAGAGUGCAUGUGAGGACAAAAUCAUCGAGGAAACUGGCUACCUCAUUGAAGUGUUUAAGAAAUUUAAAGGAGAAGCUAUCGAUACGACCCCAUCGAUAAACUGUGCAUUCUCUAAUAUCAUCUGCUCCAUUGUUUAUGGCAGCAGAUUUGAAUACGAUGACCCAAUGUUUACAUCCAUGGUAGCUCGAACAAACAAAAGAAUUCAACUUUUGGGCUCCCCAUCGAUACAGAUGUACAACCUGUUCCCGUGGAUCUUCAAAUGGGCCAGUAACAGAAGGGAAAUCCAACAGAUCACCGCCUUCACUAAAAAAAUUAACUUAGAGCUAUUUAGUCGUUUGAAAGAGAUCCUCAUUCCACAGAUGUGCAGAGGCUUUUCGGACGCCUUUCUGGCCCGAAUGCAAAUUCUGGAGGAAUCUGGGAUUAUAAACAGCCACUUCAACAAUCAAAAUCUUAUGGCGACAGUAAUACAGCUGUUUGCUGCUGGCACAGAAACGACAGCGACUACUCUCAGAUGGGCACUUCUGCUUAUGGCCAAGUAUCCACAAAUACAGGACCAGGUCCAGGAGGAGCUGAGCAGGGUGAUAGGAAGUGGUCAGGUGCGGGUCAAAGACAGGAGGAACCUGCCCUUCACCGAUGCUGUCAUCCAUGAGACACAGAGACUGGCCAACAUUGUCCCCACAGUGGCUCGCAGAACCAGCCAAGAUGUCAUCUUCCAGGGUCACUUCAUUAAAAAGGCAACUACGGUGUAUCCUCUCUUGGCAUCUGUCCUGUAUGAUGAGAGUGAGUGGGAGAACCCACACCGUUUUUAUCCCCCGCACUUCCUGGACAAAGAUGGGAAGUUUGUCAAGCGAGAAACCUUCUUGCCUUUUUCUGCAGGUCGCAGGGUUUGUCUCGGCGAGAGUCUGGCCAGGAUGGAGCUCUUCAUCUUCUUCACCACCCUCUUGCAGCACUUUCGUUUCACCCCUCCUCCUGGAGUUUCAGAGGAUGACCUGGAUCUGACUCCAUGUGUGGGUUUCUCUCUCAACCCUAAACCCCAUAAACUGCGUGCUUCUUCCUGUAUGUGAGCAGCAGGGCUUGGAAAUGCUGCUUGGCCUGUCAUGACUGCAAUUCAGUUAUAUUCAAGAGAGUAGAGUCUAAUAUGUACACUGCUAUAUUCCAUGUGGUGCAACAGCACUGAAUA